AUGAAUCGAAAAGAAGAUCAAUCUACUUCUUCUCUGCCAACCAGAAGAUUAGUAGGAGCUCCACCAAGUGCCGCGGUAAUGAGAAUUGCAGCAAAAGAAUUAAAAGUUGAACAAAAGAGGCGUCCAAUAAAUCCAGUAGAAACUGAGGAAAGUGCUGAUGAUGAUUCUGAAACUGAAAAAACUGCGGAGGAAACGGAGGAAGUUGAUGAUUCCAAAACUAAUGAGGAACAACCUCCUGAAAAAAAGCGAAGAAAGAGAAGGAAGAAAAGAAUAAGGCUUACUGAUACGGGGUUGAAGACAAAGAAGAAAGUUGAUAAGAAAGAGAAAAUGGUGUCAGAACAGAAGGAUAAGCGAAUAGAAGACGAUCAAGACAUGGACAGCGAUCCUCCUAGUGCCAAACCAGAACCUCAAAAAGAAGAGCCACCUCCUCCAAAGCCUAAAGAACGACCUAAACUUGAAGAUUUGUCACAUUUUCAAUUAUUUUGUGACAACAUAUUAAGAAAACUGGUCAUGAAGGAUCCAGAAGGAUAUUUUGCUAAUCCUGUUUCUGAUGAAGAAGCUCCAGACUACAAAAAUUUGAUUCAAAAUCCAAUGGCUUUUGCAAUAAUUCGUGAUAAAAUUGAGCAAGACGAAUAUCCCAAUCUUUCCGAUUUUCGUUCAGAUGUUGAAUUAAUUGUUUCAAACGCUCAAACUUACAAUCCUGAAGGUUCUCUUUUUUAUUUGGCAGCAGAAAAACUUUCAACAUUAAUCAAAUAUUAUUUUUCUGAAAAAUAUUUGCUUUAUUUAAUUUAUGCGUUACCUUUUGGAAGAAUGGUCCCAAUUGAAAGAGUUGGGGUUAAAAUACCUAACGAGAGAAAACGAAUUCAAAAACAACUUAUUGCGAAUACGAGAGAAAGGGAGAGGAUGAAUGCUUUGAUAAAAGAUACAGAAACUCCACGAGCUAUAAUUGAAUCUGCUCCAAAAUUUAUUCGAAGUCGUUUAACUUCUCGUCGUCCAAACUGCAAUUUAGUUUAUUUUGACAAUAAAAAUGGAGCCUUGGCAUUAAAUUUGCUUACUUCAAAUAAUUUGGAAGACGAAGAGGGAUAUAAUGAAGAAGGAGGAGGAAAUUUCCCACAAAAAUUAAAACUUGGAGAUUUGGUAAAACCUUUGGAACAAGGCAAUCCUGGAAUGUUAAUUGAAGCUUUUGAACCUAAAAUAAAUCAACAAUUCCCCUUAAUUUCGUACACAAAUCCGGGACCUUUUGCUUCAUUUGCACCACAAUGGGAUUCGACUUGGGCAACGCUUUCUAAAAGAGAUAGUCAAUUGCUUUUAUCUUGUUAUGGUGACCAAGACAAUGUCAGCGAUGCUUUUUCUCUUCGUCAAAUGGUUGAAAAUGUGGAUGAUGGUAAUUUUGUGGAUGAUAUGUUUGAUGGUCUUACUGAUGGAGAACAUAGCAAAACUAUAGCGGCACUUGAAGGAAAGGAAAUGGAAAAGUCUAAUGUUGUCGCUUCCAAUCCGCUGGAUGAAAAACUUGAACAAACUGGGAAUAUGUUACAACAAUUAGCUGCUGUUCAAAAUAAACGUUUGAGUCAACCACCGCCUACAGCUAUUAGUUAUGCUUUGGUACCUGAUCAAGAAGAAACUCAUUUGGCUAAUUCAAUAGCUCAAGAUCUCACUAAACAAAUACUUGAAUCAAAUGUUCGACCAGGCGAUAUAGUUUCUCCAAAAAUGGUCCAUCAAGCAUUGGGAUUGGAUGCUGAUGAUUUUGAUGUUAUUUCUGAAUUUUUGGAUGUUUAGUUUAUUUUUUGAUUUUUUAAGCAUUUUUUAAAGAAUUUUCUUUAUUUUAUUGUCGGACCGAGUCAUACUGCUAACAUUAAACGUGAACUGCCAAACCCCAAAGGCCGUCAAAAUGACAACAUUGGAAAAGUAUGGGAAUUAUCAACAACG